AAGAAGGACAACAAGAAGAAAAUAUCUUGUCCGAUUCGUACUACGUUGACCAUGAGAUUUUUCCUCAUGCGCGCAAUAUCAGUCUGGAAAUUGCUACGGAGAAAGCCAUUCGCUGGCUGGGGAUGCAAGGAAUGCUCACAGAAGCACAAUCAAAGCUCGAUCCACCUUAUCAAAAGUCGUAUGACAAAACGGAUCACAGCUUUAGUCGUUUUGUGCAUAGCGGGAGAACGCUGUAUCGAAGAAGUGGAAGUCGCGGCUUUGUAGGCAGUAGUUGCGGUGGUGGAGGCGGACGCGGACAGCAGCAGAAUGAUCAUAGAUGCGCUGGCUGUGAUGGUAGAGUUGACAACGAGGGUAGAAGUACAGGUGAGGCAUCUCUUUCAUCUUCUGGUGCUUUUGCUACAACCGAUGAAGAAGCAGAACAAGGCCGCGAGGAUACCAGCUCCAUUGUUGGUCGAAAAUCUCCGCCGAGUCUUCUUCCCUCGACAUUUCAAAGUGCAACGAGUACUAGAAAAGACGACUCAAGAGGACCACGAGGACCUCGUCUGCGUUACGAAUUCGUUGAGUCAACGUCUCUUCGAAAAGACAGGAGUUCCGAUUACCAGUCUUUUGGGAGCUUUAAAGCGGUGGUGAUGUUUCCGUACGCUUACACCCAGUUCUGGUUUUUUGAACUGUAUCAAAUAGGCACACCGAUUUUCCUCCCGAGUCGAAAGAUCUUGCCUCUCUAUCUGGGACAAGACUUCAUCCGAUUUCAGUUCUAUGUGAUGGCAGGAUUUUCAUCAUCCUUGUCCACAUCUGGAGAACGUAAGGGAGAUGAACAACAGCAACGACAACUUCUAGAACAAGCAGAAAGCCAAACACGUAAGCACAAUCCUGUCCACGAGUACCACCCUUUCCUCGAACACGCCAAUCUAAAAGCCUUCCUAUAUUGGACUCAGUUUUGCGAAUGGGUAACUUGGCCUCACAUCACGGAAUUCGACUCCCUCCGGGUGUUGGUUGAGCAUUUCAACCCGCGAAAAGAUGCUGCUAGUACUUUGGCAGCGACUUCGCGUAAGAUGCGACUGUUUUCACAAAAAAUGCUCAUGGACAACGCUAGUAAGUGGCGAGCAGGGCUUUCCGCCAUUCUAGCUGUGCCACUUGGAGAUCGGCAGAGGAUUCAGCUUACUUCUCCGGACAUUGCUGGUGGACUCGGCGAGGGUGCAACAUCAACUACACUGGGUGAAAAAAGUGCUGAAGCUCAUCCAGAUGAUGGCAAUCAAGUUCUUCAUCCAGAAGAAGACACUUCUUCUAGUUCUAGAUCUAGCUCCAAGUCCAUCUCUGUCCCCUACCACGAAGGCAGCUUUUUUCAUGGUGAUCUGUCGACACACCAGCCUUGUGGAGGCACUCCAGGCAGAGAGGAUUCACCUGCGCACAAAGCCAAUGACGGCAACAUAUUGACGGAUCAUCCCAAUGAGUAUCAUACGAGAGAUGCUGAAGAAGAUACAACUUCGAGCGAACAACAGCAACAGGAAAAGCAGAAAGGGCAAGACGUCAAAGCCUUUUGGUGGGUGCAACUUCGGGAAUAUCGCAAGGAAGUGAAUGUCACGAUUUGGAAUAGGGAUUGCUGUACUAGUCAAAUGGCAUCGAACUCAGCAUACGAAUCGGAAUCUUCUGCUUCUCCAGCUUCUCCAGUUUCCCUAGAAUUGCGCAUAGCAGUGGACAGCAAUCGCGUGGAAGACAGUCUGUACUGCGGCAAGAUCCAUCACAUUGCAGAUGGUGGGGUGCAGAGCGCGAUUUGUUCCUUCAAUCAGAUGUUAGAAGAGGAGGAGGGUUCUGAUGAAAAUUCUCCCACUAGGUCCUCUAGGUCUAGGGAUUUACCAUCGCAUCUUUCGGUUGCAACAAAACAGGAGACCCAAAGGACGUUGGAAGAGGUUGGGGCUAACAUUCUCUUCAUUGUGAACCGUGAGUCGCCAGUAUUGAUGCUACCAGAGGUGCUAGUAUCAGAUAUGGGAUGGGUGGUAUCUUCAGGGUGACAACAACAACGGCUGGUUAGGUGAUAGUUCUUGCUAUAAUGACAGUAAAAAAGAUUAACAUCUGUCCCGACACUUCUUGAUGACACACUUUACACUUGAUGACACUUUCACACACUUCUCUUCAGAAAAUAUCAUGAUGACCUUCUUGAUCGAACAAGGAACCUGCUUCAAAUGAGCUCAGGGACAUCUUGUCCGCCCCAUUUUGAC